GAAGUGACGUCGCUGCCGUCGCGCUGUGUUGAUGUUUGUGGACGCGCUGGAGACGAGAAGAAGGAGACGCUUCUUGUUUUUGUUCAACUAAACCGUCGAAAAGAAGCCGAGGCGUCGUUCCUGUCGUCCACUCGGUUCGCUAAGAGCCUUAGCUCGGUGAUUGGAGGUACGCGGCCGGGUCGGAGGGCGAACACACCGAGACUUUUGAUCCAGAAAGGGAGGACUCGUCACCCUCUGACCCCCUCCCUGCUUCCCUCUCACACUCCACCAUGACGAUUCUCCCGAAGAAGAAGCCCAGCUCCGGGGUCGGUGUCUCGGACCACGCCGAUGACAGCGACCGUCGGAGCGGCUCCGACCCGCACCAACACCCGCAUCCUCAUCCGCAUCCGCACGCAGGACGAACCGGAGCCCGGCCGAGGGCUUCCCCUCCGCCGUGGUCCUAUCAGCCCGCUCCGCCCUCCGCCCGGGACGACAGGCGGAGCAUCGAGGCGAGCUCCCGGCCGCAGCAGGCCUCUCCGCCUCCCGUCAGCUCCGUGUCGCCGGUCGGACCGGGCGACGGCCGGGACAGCAGCGGUGGGAUGGUGGCUGGCCCCCGCGGGGAGCUCGUCGUGUCGGCCGGUGUGGUCGGCUGCGGAGGAGGCAGCUGCUGCUCCGGGCCCGGGCUGAGCAAGAGGCGGCGGCAGGCAGGCUCCUGCUCCGGCGGGGUGGUAGCGACUCUGGCCGGGGGAGGCCAGCCCGGGGUGACCGGGCCGGGAGGAGUGGGGUCCAGCCAGGACACGGAGGAAGGAGCCGGCAACAACAGCGAGGACGAGUACGAGAACGCGGCCCGGCUGCAGUCCGUGGAUCCGGCCACCGUGGAGCAGCAGGAGCACUGGUUUGAAAAAGCUCUGGGGGAGAAGAAAGGAUUCGUCAUCAAGAAGAUGAAGGAGGACGGAGCCUGUCUGUUCAGAGCUGUUGCUGAUCAGGUGUACGGAGACCAGGACAUGCAUGAAGUGGUCCGGAAGCACUGUAUGGACUACCUGAUGAAGAACGCCGACUACUUCUCCAACUACGUGACGGAGGACUUCACCACAUACAUCAACAGGAAGAGGAAAAACAAUUGCCACGGCAACCACAUCGAGAUGCAGGCCAUGGCCGAGAUGUACAACAGACCAGUGGAGGUGUAUCAGUACAGCACAGAGCCAAUCAACACGUUCCAUGGCAUCCACCAGAACAACGACGAGCCAAUCAGAGUGAGCUACCACCGGAACAUCCACUACAACUCGGUGGUGAACCCCAACAAGGCCACGAUCGGGGUGGGACUGGGGCUGCCGGCCUUCAAACCCGGGUACGCGGACCAGUCCCUGAUGAAGUCGGCCAUCAAGACGUCGGAGGAGUCGUGGAUCGAGCAGCAGAUGCUGGAGGACAAGAAGCGGGCGACGGACUGGGAGGCCACCAACGAGGCCAUCGAGGAGCAGGUGGCCCGGGAGUCCUACCUGCAGUGGCUGCAGGACCAGGAGAAACAGGCCCGACAGCCCCGUAAGGCCAGCGCCACCUGCAGCUCGGCUACGGCGGCGGCCUCCAGCGGGCUGGACGACUGGAGCGCCCGGUCGCCACGGCAACGGGACUCCGACCCCUCCCACUCUCACGCCGACCUCACCACCUCCUCCUCCGCCAACAACAAGCCCCCCUCCCCCGCAGGGGCCGCCCUCAUCCUCAGCAAACCCCCCUCCCCCUGCGCCCCAGGUCCCAGUAAUCAGAGUCGUCAUCAUCUGGAGUACAGAGCCAUCAUGCAGGAGAUGUCCCCUACAGCAUUUGGUCUGACGGACUGGGAGGACGAUGAGAUCCUGGCGUCCGUCCUGGCCGUGUCUCAGCAGGAGUACCUGGACAGCAUCAAACACCAGAGAGAGUCUCCGGACAGCAGCUGAUACUCACACAAUACACACAUUAACACACAACACACACACAACACACUAGACACACACACCCUGACCUUUGACCCCGCCUCCUCCUGACCACACAGGAAAUAAAACAUCCAACAAGGAGACACUUGUUUUUCUUUCAUCAGCUCAUCUCCUCCCCCUCCUCCCCCCUCCUCCCCCCGACUGUUAGCUCUGUGGCUAUCAGGCCCUUUGGUUUCAAUGAAGAAUGCUAAUCAGAACGGAUGUGUCCUGGAGGCUACGUUAGCAUACUCCUUAGCGAGCAUGCUAUCACCUGAAGUCUUACUCCGCUAACAUGCUAGCUGUAGCUAGUCAAAACUGGACCGCCCUUCUUAGCAUUCAUCAUUACCUGUAGGCUACGUUAGCAUUUAGCUUCAACCUCAUUCGCGGACAUUUUCAGACUUUAAAAUGAUGGAUGUCCUCGAGGCCACGUUAGCAUGCUCGUUAACGAGCAGGCUAGCACCAGAAGUCUUACUAGGUUUUAAUGCUAGGUCCUUAUCAUGCUGCUAACUAGCUGGAAUGCUGUUAGCGUAGCACAAGACAGUUUCUCUGUUAGCAUCAUGCUAAUCAGAACUGAACAUGAUGUUUAUGAGAAGUUAGCGAGCUCUUUAGCGAGCACGCUAUGAAAAAGUCUUAUUAUGUUUUAAAGCUAGCUCCAAAGCUGCUAGCGUGCUUAGUUUAGCAUCAAGUAGCCAAAUCAUUUCCCCUGUUGUAUCCACCGGCGGCCAUUUUGUGUCAAUACGUUUACUCCGUUGUUAUCUGAGUAAUAACUCCCCCCAUCCUCUCUGUCCUCCUCCUCCAUCAUCAUCAUCAUCUUCAUCAUUGGACUUAUUUAGCUGCAUGUUUAAUUGACCACAACAAAUAUCAUCAUAGAGAAAAAGCAACAAAAUAAAAAGGAGAGAAAAUAGAGAAUUGUCAUACUUAUCCUCUUAAUGAUUGAUUAUUGUUGGUAUUAUUAAUAAUAUAAGUUUAUUUUAUUUUCUCGUUUGGGAUGAAAAAAUUUUCUUGGAAUAAAAAGAGGAAAAUGUUUCUGAA